UAGAAACAGGGAGCCGCGGCGCGCCCGCCAAUAGGCCGCCGAAAGCGAGCCUAGGGGGCGGGUCCUCCCUCCCAGGCGGGCGGGGGAAGGCCGCGGCUAUCGAUCCCGCUGCUGGAGGGAGGCGGCGGGGAGGCAGCACACAAAAUGGCGGCCAUGGCUGCGGAGGCGGCGGCGACUGCGGCGGUGCCGAGCGAUGGCGGAGCCGGCGAUGCCGAGCCCGAGCUGGAGCCCAUCCCGGGCAGCGAGGCCGGCGCAGACCCUUUGCCCGCCGUCACCGAGGCCGUGGAGUCGGCGGUGCCCGACGGGGAGGAGGCCGACGGCGGCGGCAAGGUUGCUCCCGGCGAGGCCGAGGAGCCGCAGCCGGCCCGGAGCCCGGCCGGGAGGCGGGAGGCGGACGCGCAGAGGCCGGAGAAGCCGCCGCCUCCUCCGCCCGCCGCCCCGGAGGCGGCGCUGGCGGCCGCUGCUUCGGCCCGGGCCGAGCUGCGGGGAGCGCCCAGCCCGGAGCCCGAGCCCUGCCCGCCGCCUGCUGGGCAGCCCGAACUUCCCAAGGAGGAGCCGCAGCCCUGCCCGCCGGCUACUGGGGGCUCCGUGAAGCCGGAGCCCGGGGAGGAGCCGUCCCGGCCGGAGGAGGAGGAGCCGGAUGCUGCUGCUGCUGCCGCCGCCGCUGCUGCUGCCGCCGCCGCUGCUGCCGGGCCCGAGUCCCCGGUGGCCGGGGCUCCCGGCGGAGGGGAGGCGGAGGCUCCGCUGCUGCCCGGCUCGGAGGUGCGGGUCACCCUGGAUCACAUCAUCGAGGACGCCCUGGUGGUCUCGUUCCGGCUGGGGGAGAAGCUCUUCUCCGGGGUCCUCAUGGACCUCUCGAAAAGGUUUGGGCCCCACGGAAUCCCUGUGACCAUAUUUCCUAAGAGGGAAUACAAGGAUAAACCCGAAGCCAUGCAGCUCCAAAGUAAACCAUUCCAAGACGAGGCACAGGUGAAGUGUGAAUCUAAUGCUGCAGUCCCUGAUGACUCUUCUCUCACGCAGCCAUCAGAACCAAGCUUAGCUAAAAGCCUAUGGACUUCUAAACCACCUCCUCUCUUUCAUGAGGGAGCGCCAUAUCCUCCUCCUUUGUUUAUCAGGGACACAUAUAACCAGUCAAUACCUCAGCCUCCACCCCGGAAAAUUAAGCGGCCCAAGCGUAAAAUGUAUAGGGAGGAACCCACUUCUAUCAUGAAUGCUAUCAAACUACGACCCCGGCAGGUCUUAUGUGAUAAGUGCAAAAACAGUGUUGUUGCAGAAAAAAAGGAAAUAAAAAAAGGUGGCAAUGCAAGUGACUCUUCAAAAUAUGAGGAUAAUAAAAAACGAAGAAAUGAAAGCGUGACUACUGUGAAUAAAAAACUUAAGACUGACCACAAGGUGGAUGGAAAAAGCCAAAAUGAAAGCCAGAAAAGGAAUGCUGUGGUCAAGGUUUCAAAUAUUGCCCACAGCAGAAGCAGAGUAGUUAAAGUUUCUGCACAAGCAAAUACUUCAAAAGCGCAGUUAAAUACAAAAAAAGUUCUCCAGAGCAAAAACAUGGAUCAUGCAAAAGCUCGGGAAGUCUUGAAAAUGGCCAAAGAAAAGGCACAAAAGAAGCAGAGUGCAACCUCCUCUUCCAAAAAUGCACAUUCAAAGGUCCACUUCACACGGCGUCUUCAGAACACCAGCUCAGGUUCCCUCCCACCUCGAUUGCGUUUAAAGCCACAAAGAUAUCGGAAUGAAGAAAAUGACUCUUCUCUCAAGACAGGACUUGAGAAAAUACGGAGUGGCAAGAUGGCAACUAAGCCGCAGUCUCGCUGCUCCUCCACCCGCUCAGCAGGUGAGGCCCCUUCAGAAAAUCAGAGCCCCUCAAAAGGCCCUGAAGAGGCCAGCAGUGAGGUUCAGGACACAAGUGAAGUGCAUGUAACUGAUCAGGAUGAACACCAGACAUUGGGCAAGAGAGGCAGCAAAAGCAAUAUAACGGUUUACAUGACCCUUAAUCAAAAGAAAUCUGACUCUUCCAGUGCAUCAGUUUGUAGUAGUGAUAGCACAGAUGAUUUGAAAUCUACCAACUCUGAGUGUAGCUCUACUGAAAGCUUUGAUUUUCCUCCAGGCAGCAUGCAUGCACCUUCCUCCUCCUCCUGCUCUUCAAAGGAAGAGAAAAAGCUCAGUAAUUCCUUGAAAAUGAAAGUCUUUUCCAAAAAAGUCUCUAAGUGUGUUACACCAGAUGGCAGGACCAUAUGUGUAGGGGACAUUGUUUGGGCCAAGAUUUAUGGCUUCCCUUGGUGGCCAGCCCGUAUUCUGACCAUAACUGUGAGCCGGAAAGAUAAUGGCCUUUUAGUUCGACAGGAGGCUUGCAUAUCGUGGUUUGGGUCCCCAACAACAUCUAUUCUUGGUCUUUCACAACUAUCCCCCUUUUUAGAAAACUUCCAGUCGCGCUUUAAUAAGAAGAGAAAGGGUCUUUACCGCAAGGCCGUCACAGAGGCAGCUAAGGCUGCUAAGCAGCUGACUCCCGAAGUUCGGGCCCUGCUGACACAGUUUGAAACGUGAACAUGGAGAGUAAGGUAGGCAAGAAAUCUGGAGGCUCCACAAAAUUCAUAGCCUAGUUAGAGAACUACCGUGAAGGACUUGCCAAGUCAGGAGUUGCACUCGGUUGAAUGCUCUUUUUAUACUGAAGUUGUUCCAUUUGUAGCGGUUUCUUGAAAGUUAAACAAAUUGAACAUGCAAUCAAAAUUAGCCUGAAGUGAGAAUUUCAGUAUUUUUCAAGUGAGAAUUUUUUUUAAAGAAAAAACUCCUCCAACACCCAAUGCAUAGGAGCCAUAGCCUCAGCUGAAAGGCAGCUUAUUUGCAGGGAAUUUUUUAGUAGUUUCUACCCAGUAUGUACCUAGUUGCUGUGUGGCAAAGGGUUAACACAAGGGAUGAAAGUAGUAGCUGUGAUAUUUUAUUUUUUUCUUUAGGUGGCCCAUCAGGGAAGUGUAGGAAUGUAAGCCUUGUCUAAAUGGUCUUUAAACAUUAUUUCAAAUACUCUCUAAUGUGUUUAGUCUGGCCAGUGCAAAUUGGUUUGAUGCAUACAUAAACAUUUCAGAGGCAUGUGCCAAUCCACAUAGGCCAGUUUAAAUGCCAUUAGGAGACUUGCUGAAAUUUUUAAGGAAGAAAAAUUCAUGUAACUAAAGACCAGAUUAAAUGGGGUUUAAUCUUAGUGACCACUUCUUAAACACUCAGCAUUUCUAUGCACAUGGGGGCACAAAUAUUGACACUUCAGGGUCUGAGAAGCUGAGAGGGAUGCCUGUAGCUCUAAGACAAAGCUGAGAAGUUGCUCAGUAUUUGGUAUCAAGGGCUGUUAAUGCUGCAUAGGUGUGAAUCAUAACUUCUGGUCUUUCUUCCUGAAGAAGUCUUUCAGGCCAUUUGCCUGGAGUUUUAGAUUAAGAGAGGCUUUGUUUUGAAUGUGUAAAUAAUUGAUUGCUGAAAUUGGUCAGAUUUUCUCCUGACUGGUUGUUCCUAAAUUCUUAGGAUACGUCCUAGUUAAUUACACUUUGUGAAUUGUCAGAUGUGUAAUUGUUGCAUUUUGGAUGUAUCUAACUUCUUUUUUUUUUUUAAUAUUUCCGUUUAAGGUAUCUGUUUGCAGGUCAGAAAAUAAGAAUAUGUAAUUGUGUAAUGCUCUGAAAUGUAAAAAAAAAAAAAAAAAAAAAAAACUGUAAAUAAAAUUGACUAAAUCUGAAUUAUUUGUGUGUGUUUCUCAAAAAGCUUUGAAAAAUUCUAGGAUGUUAGAGUACUUUAUAUGUAUGCCGUAUUUAGAGGACUCCUUUUUUAAAAAGUAAAUUGUCCUUUUCCACUCAUUUUUAAGGAUAACUGCUUGAUGUAAAGUACUAUUGGUGUACUUCAGUCUUAAUUUUGAGAUUAAGCAAUUAUCUCUCCCUUUUUGUUUCAGAAUUGGCUCUGUAGAAGGCUUUCUGUAAAGUUGAUAGUCCCCACCCCCCCAAUUAGAUUGUUCCAUAUAUUCAAAUAAAGACUGUCACUUGUACAGUGGGGAAAUGUUUUCAGUUUUCUCCAUCUACCAAAAGCUAAGCAGACCCACUCUCCACUGUUACUUCAGCUUUUCUUGCAUGUCUGUUGCUCAAUGCGGAACAUUUUCAUGCAAUCAAUUGUAUGUUUUUUUUCUCUAGUUUUGGUCCUUAUCUGACCAUAAGAAUUGCUCUCUCUUCUUUAACCCACUCCUGUUUGAGCCUUGCAAUGUCUCAUGAAGAAUCUGUCAACGUUCAUCCCAAAGCAAUUUUCAUCCUGUUUUUUCCAUAAUUGCCCAAGUAGGCAAUCAUGACAGAUGUAAAAACUUAAGCUUAGACUGAAAAUUGAGAUUUUAAACAGACAUGAAAAUGGGAUAAGGAUUUAAUCAUCAAAUCCUUAAAAAUCUUUUAAACUUAAGAUAAAUUUCAUAUAUCCAUGAUACUGUCUGGUCUUUCCAAAGCAUUUGGUUUCUUUUAACCUUUAAAAAUUAUUCUGUUGUGCCCACAGAAGUACUUGAAGUCCAAAGUGUUGAAUACAUGGCCAUUCAAAUUACCUCAGAAGCUCCUGAUGAACUGUUAGGUGCUAGUUCAGCUUCCAAAUAUAUCAGCUUUUCCUUGGCAUUCUAACAGUUAC